CAGAAGAUUGUGUUAAUGAGUAGGGCAUUUGUGCCAGCCAGUGUAGAGGGAGCAAUGUUGAAGGAGUACAAGCCUGUGUUUACAGUAGGCACAAUUGAUGAAGUAAAAGAUAGGUCAAAUGCAAGUGAGGGAGAAAAGCACAAAGCUGUUCUUAGAGCAGAUUUGGAUACAGAGGUGACAAGGUUGGAGGAAUGCUUAAGGAAUGUGAAGAGACAAAGAGAGGAGGCAAGGACCAUAAAGGCUAACACAAAGCCAGUCAAAUCAAGCAAGAUCAUCAAGCAGGUCUUAGACUGGAUGAUAGACAGUAUUGUCAUAUUGACACACUACAAGUUGUUUACAAUAGCUCUAGAGCUUGAGUGCCAGUAUACAGCUAAGCUUAUAAGGACAACUCAGAUGUGUGACAAAAUGCCAAAUAAGGCCAGAAGUGGACCUGUGAAGGCAGAGGAGGAAGAGAUGAGUGAGGAAGUAAGGACUAACAGUACAAGUGUUGCAUACAAGGACAACAAAGCACAGUCAAGCCUAGCAGCAGAGCUGAGAAUGAGUGGAUUGUAUGGGAAAGUAGUGGAUUACAUUAGAUUGAACAAUGAGAAUCAGUCAAGCCUAGCAAGAAUACUGAGCACAAGCAGAUUAUACAGGAGGACAUUAGAAGCUGUCAGAUCAGAGCAGUGCACCCUAGUCAGUAACAACAAGGCUGGAAGUGUACCAGUCAGGCUAGUGACAACAAACCUCAGGCUAGCAAAUGUAGGAUCAAUUACAAUUGAAGGUGUCAUUCCAAGACUCAAGGUGUCAGUAGGUAGAAUAUUAAUAGUAAUGCCAGUUCAUGUAGUGAAGGACACAAUGUUCAACAUAAUAAUUAGGAGGCUGUUCUUCAUGUUAACUAAGUGUGAGACAAAGGAUUUCAAGAACAGUAAUCAGAUUUUGACCUUGACAGACCUAGCAGAUCAGAACCAGAAGUGUCAGGUUGAGACCUGAGCAGCUGUUGGAUGAAACCUACUACUCACUACUACUACCAUCUAUGUUAGAGUUGGAGAGAAUUGGUCUGGCAAGCCUUUAGCCUUGGUACAGGUUACAUUCUCUUUACUCUAACAUUCCCUUAUACCCCUUUCUUUUAUGGACACUCAUUCUUACUUAAGACUCACACUCUUUGUUUCUUUAUCUUACUUUGAUUAAUACCUUUUAUCCUUACCCACACUCCUUAUACUUACCCUUUAUUAUUGCUUCUCAAAGCAAGUGACUGAGGACAGUCACUAUUUAAAGCUUGGGGAGGUAAAGAGUUCUGAUUUUGGUUACUAUCAGAUCUUCUUGAUUUUAUUUAAUUCUUUAGAUUACAUAAUCACUUUCUUUAUGUAGUUAGUUCUUUCCUAUUUAGAAUGGAAGAAGGGAGUUUUGACCAGAGCCUACAACAACACUAGAGGGAACAAGCCCACCAAAACCUUGCCUCUCAU